AUGCGCUACACGUCUAUUCUGGGCGCCGCGGCAUUUCUCGCCACGGCCGCGCAUGCCGUGGACAUCGUCUCCCCGGUACUCGACAAAGUCAACGAAGUAUUCUCCAGCGAGCCUGAGCUACUUGCUGUCGCCGAGUUUCCGGAAAGCAACCCCUUCGGCCAUGUUGUGAAUGGCGAGCAGAACCGGAUGGACCUGCGCAUCGAGAACUCUUCAGGCAAGAACGUCACUCUGCUCACCAUUGCUGGUGGAUUCUACGGCCCGCAAGAUAACCUCAUCAAGCCUGCAAGUUCUGCUCGUCUUCGUAACUUGACGUAUGGUCUGAACCUCGUGGACGGCAUCAAGCUCUCGCUCCCGUACCAGUUCCACAGCGAGCUGAAGACGGGCGAGGUGAAGCUCAAGAUCGAGCUUGAGCACUUGACCGAGGGUAUCCGUUACCGCAUUCCGGUCUACGACAGCGUCGUGACAGUCGUCGAGCCUGAAAUCUCCGCCUUCGACAUCAAGAUGCUCUCGACAUACAUCAUGGUCCUCUCCCUCCUCGGCGCCGGCGGCUACUUCGCCUACCUGACUUUCGUCCCCCAACCCAAGCAGAAGCGUCGUGGCGCCGCCUCGGCACCUGUCUCCGAGCCCGUUGCCGUCACCGCUACCGGUGCAGGCGGAUACCAGGAGGAGUGGAUUCCCGAGCACCAUCUCAAGAAGACGAAAGCUGGCAAGAAGGCUGGAGCACUUAGCAGUGGCGAUGAGUUGAGCGGUGGUGAGACUAGCGGCGCGGAGGGAAAGAGGAGGAAGGCCCGCAAGUAG